UCAUAUAUUCUUUGCCAUUCUUGGUUUGCUCUGUCCCCUUUUUCUGGUUAUAUGUGUUGAUUCAGAUCUGGGUUUUUGCAUUUUGGGUGUUUGCUGUUUAAAGAUAGUUUCUUGGAUGGUUCUCAUGCUGUUCUUGAAUCACCAUUGAUGAUGGAGUAUAAGCUGUAAAGAUUUGUUUGGUGAAGGUAACUUUACAUAUGUCAUGCUGUUUUGAAGUGGGUAUUUUUAUGGUAAUGCUUGUGUAUUAGCAUUAUUAUUUUUUUUUUAUUGUUUUCUUGAUUGAUAAAAAAGGGAUAGUAACUUUGUUGAAGAUUAGGGUUUCAACUUUCAUGAUUUUCCUUUCAUUUGUUCUUUAGUAGUGGUUGGUACUUUUGUGUUAACUGUAAAGGAUCUUGAAGUUGAGGUAUAAAGAGGAAGAGAGCUAUCAAAGUGGUGAGUUAUGAAGAUAAAUGGCAGUAGAUUGUGCUUAAAUUUGUUGAUUGUAGUUUCUUUGUAUGUGAGAAUUGGAGAAGGUCAGGGAAAUUCUAUUCUUUUAAACUGUGGUACAAAUUCCACCAUCAAUGUGGGUGGUAGGAGAUGGGUUGGUGACUCGGCCACCGGGGGCAAUGUUACCCUUAGUUCUUCUGGCAUUGAGGUCUCAACUAGUACAUUUGAUGGAGAUCAAACUUAUACACCACUUUAUAAGACUGCGAGGGUGUUUGUGGAUAGCUUGAAUUAUACAUUUCGAGGAGCACAAGGGAGUUAUUUUCUUAGGCUCCACUUUUAUCCAUUCUCCUCUGAGAAUCGAAAUGUCAAUGACUCUUCUUUCGUUGUUCAGGCAAAUGGGAUAAAAUUGUUAUCUGGAUUUAAUGUCCCUGAUGAGAUAUUGCAGAAGAAUCUGUACAUAGCGAAAUUGGGAGGGAAUUCGAGUUUUUCAUAUCUAGUAAAGGAAUUCUUUUUCACUGUCAGUGGGGAUGUUCUUAUGGUUGAAUUUAUUCCAGCAAAGGGAUCUUUCGGAUUUGUCAAUGCAAUAGAGAUAGUAAAUGUUGAAAAUAAACUGUUUGUUGAUUCAGUCAGCAAAGUGGGUAGCAAUGGGGAGACAAGUGUUUUGAGUUUGAGCAAACGGGGGAUUGAGACUAUGUAUCGACUCAACGUUGGUGGUUCCCCAAUUAAAGCUGAUGAAGAUUUAAGUCUUGGAAGAGUUUGGGAAGCAGAUUCAAGCUACAUGUUAACUGCAAAUGCAGGAUCAGAUAUCCACACUCGUGCAAACAUUACUUAUGCUUCUGCAAAUGAUACUUCAAUAGCGCCACUUGUAGUCUAUAGAAGUGCAAGAACUAUGUCCAACACCCAAGUGAUGGAGAAGAGAUUCAACAUGUCAUGGAAAUUUGAAGUGGAUCCUGAUUUUGAUUAUAUGAUUCGUCUACAUUUCUGUGAACUAAGUUUUGACAAGGCAAAUGAAAGGAUUUUCAGAAUCUACAUAAAUAAUAAAACUGCAGCAGACAACUUUGACAUUUUUAAGCAAGCUGGAGGGAAAUACAAGGCAUAUCAUCAGGAUUUUCUUGAUAUGGUGCCAUCAGUGGUAAAUACCCUCUGGAUACAACUAGGUCCCGACCCGACAGCAGGUGCUGUUGGAACUGAUGCACUCUUGAAUGGACUGGAGAUUUUUAAGUUGAGUCGAAAUGGGAAUCUUGCCUAUGUGGGCAAACUUGAAAAUCCAGGAGCAAGAAAAACUUCAAAAAGUGUGAUUCUAUGGGUGAGCAUUGGAGCUGGAAUAGCUUCUAUUGUCAUUAUUGCCGCAUCAAUUGCACUAAUCACUUGUUUUUGUCAGAAGAGGAGAAACAAAGAAACUGACACCAAGAAACAUCCUCCUGGAUGGCGACCACUAUUUCUUCUAAACAGCACAGCUAAUGCAAAAGCAUCUUUGCAUCAGAGUUUACACGGGUCGAUGGCCCCUAAUAGAACUGGUAGACGCUUUACAUUAGCAGAGCUUAAAGCUGCAACUAACAGUUUUGAAGACAGUUUAAUAAUUGGAGUAGGAGGAUUUGGUAAGGUGUACAAAGGGGAGAUAGAAGAUGGAACACUUGUAGCAAUUAAGCGAGCCAACCCGCAAUCUCAACAAGGUCUGACGGAAUUCGAAACUGAGAUUGAAAUGCUAUCAAAGCUUAGGCACAAGCAUUUAGUCUCCAUGAUUGGUUUCUGUGAUGAACAGGAUGAGAUGAUCUUAGUAUAUGAGUAUAUGGCAAACGGGACCUUAAGAAGUCAUAUAUUCGGAAGUAAUCUCCCACCAUUAAGUUGGAAGCAACGAAUUGAAGUUUGCAUUGGUGCAGCUCGGGGGUUGCAUUACCUCCACACAGGAGCAGACCGUGGCAUCAUUCAUAGAGAUGUUAAGACAACCAACAUCUUGUUAGAUGAGAAUUUUGUGGCGAAAAUGGCUGAUUUUGGGCUAUCCAAAACUGGUCCCUCUCUGGAACACACGCAUGUUAGUACUGCAGUCAAAGGAAGUUUUGGAUAUCUCGAUCCAGAAUAUUUCAGGCGACAACAACUGACUGAGAAGUCUGAUAUUUAUUCCUUUGGAGUGGUUUUGUUUGAAGUUGUUUGUGCUCGUGCUGUCAUAAACCCAAGCUUGCCGAGGGAUCAGAUCAAUCUUGCUGAAUGGGCAAUGCGAUGGCAACGACAAAGAUCACUUGAAACCAUUAUCGAUCCUCAUCUCAAAGGAACAUACUCACCAGAAUCAUUGACAAAAUUUGCGGAGAUUGCAGAAAAAUGUUUAGCAGAUGAGGGAAAGAGCCGGCCUGCAAUGGGUGAAGUCUUAUGGCACUUGGAAUAUGUUCUACAAGUUCAGGAAGCUUGGUUGCGUUCCAUCAAUGGGGAAAACUCUUUCUCUAGCAGCCAAGUUUUGGCAGAUCACGAGUCAAGGGAAGAAGUGGAUGUUCCAGAAGCCACGACAUCAGACAGGGGGACUGAUUUAGACCCAAAAAGGUUUGAAGAUGCAUAAACAUCAAGAUACUUUGGUACAAAAAGUAGUGUUUUUUACUUAAUUCUUUUAUUUGUUGUUUCCUAUACAGAGACCCGAAAGUCUCCACAACAUCUAUAUUGAUAUGUUGCGAGCAUGAUUUGUAUCUAGUAUGCAUGCUUAUAAGUUUGCUCUUUAUGCACUCUGAAGUCUGAUCUUCUUAUCGGAGGCUUUCUUGAGAGCUACUUACUAGCAGCUAUUUAUUCUUUUAUUCUUCUUUACGUUCUUAGAGAGUUGGGGAGUAGGAUUGUAAGCUUGGUUGGAGAAGUUUACUCUCAGAUUUUCCAUUUAUGGAUACUAAGAUUUUGUUGUCUUAAUCCAAGGUAUGUUUCUGUUA